UCAAUCGGAUUUCCACAUUUUUCGCAAAUGGAUGGCACCUUCACGGUGGUGGCUGGAUCUUCGAAUUCUAAAUUCUGAAUUUAAUCAACCUGAACAAUCAGUAACGAAACGACUAACGGCUCCCACACGGACGGACGGAAGGAGGGAGGUGAAAACAACUGGUGACUAAAUUCCAUCUAAACGAGCGACUACUCAAUUUCAAAUUAAAGUUAAAAGAAGGAACUUUCCAAACAGUAUUAAACGUGUAACUACCAAAGAUUUUAGCUGGUCCUGAUCCUGAUACAACUUGGAAAAUUACUGUGCAGAAUUACAUUAUCUGUUGUGCUUCGAGAAUCGAUUGUCGGAAUGUCUUGCACAAGUUCAAGAUUAUUUUGUCCUCAUCUAUCAUUCCGUCAGACUAAUAGACAUAAAAGAUCAUCAGGAAGAAGCGGCCAUUUAAAUGAAGAAGACGGAGGUAGUAGCAUUAGUGUUCACAGCAGUGGUGUUGUAGAUGAUGCGUCUUCAUAUCAAGAAUAUAUUCACGAAGGUUCUGGAGAACCUGCCGAUCUGUUACCAUUUCCAUCUUACGAUAAUAAUAACCAACACCAAGGAGGAGGAGUAGUAACAUCAGAAUUGUUGAGAAAGGAAUUAAUUUGUGAAGAUUGUGAUCCUAACGAGUUUUCCUCACCAAGGCUUCCUAAUCAUUUAUGGAAGUGUUUAGAACCAAAGUGCAGGCGCAUGUUGUGUGGAAAGCAAGGCCAAAAUCAUUCCCAAUACCACUUUCAAGAGUUCCCUCAUCACUUUGUUCAGGAAAAUGUUGCAAACAAGCGAAUUUGGUGUAAUGAGUGCAGCAUGGAAGUAUUUCCGGAUCAAAGAAAUAGAAGGAGUCCCCCAGCUGUAUGGGUUCCGCCGAUGGGAGUGGAAGAAGAACCACCUCGUGGAUUAUACAACAUUGGCAACACCUGCUUCAUGAAUGCGGCUUUGCAGUGCAUGGCCGCAGUCAAACCUCUGAGCUCAUUUAUUCUUGGCAACAGCUGUAGUUUUAAGGGAAAAAAUGUGGCAAACAGUUAUUUGUGGUUCCUCUCAGAAAUGUGGUCCAGGGAUAGUCAAGGUUAUUCGAAAGGGGUAAUGCCAUCUAGAUUGCUUCAUUCUGUUCGAGCAGCACAUCCAAUAUUCAGAGGUUUUCAACAACAUGAUACACAAGAAUUUUUGAGACUUUUUAUGGACACCCUGGCCGAAGAAACAAAAGUUCCUCAUUUCAUUUUGGACGAAACUGAAGUGGACAAACAAAGCGAUGCCGGCUCAGAUGAUGGUACUAUGUCCGUUGACUCUGAAACUGAAUCAUUUGAAACUUGUGACUCGGGCAAUGCUUCAGAAGAAACAAUGUCAACUCGUGAACCCCGCAAUGGAUGCAAGCAGCCAUUAAAAGAUAUCAAAAUACAAAUGAAAUCAAUUGUUUCCGAAAUAUUUGACGGGCAGGUUGAAAGCUCAGCUCAAUGUCUUUCCUGCAAACAAGUUUCCUCCCGCUUGGAAGUAUUCCAAGACCUAAGUUUGCCAAUUCCAACUAGGGAAGAACUUACAGCCCUUCGGAUAUCAGCGGAUAGAUAUGAAGCUGAAGAUGGAAGAAAUAACCCCGGGUGGAUUGGUUGGUUUCUUGAAUGGGUCAAAAGUUUCUUUUGGGGGCCAGCUCCUACAUUGGAAGAUUGCUUUUCCGCGUUCUUCUCCUCAGACGAAUUGAAAGGGAAGAACAUGUAUUCCUGUGAAAAGUGUCAAAAAUUAAGGAAUGGUGUAAAACGAUGUUCCUUAUAUCGUCUGCCCGAAAUCCUCUGUGUUCACUUAAAGCGGUUUCGAAUGUACGAGUACAGUGGAGGCAUGGGAUUUUCAGGCAAAGUAAGCCAGUAUGUUCAAUUCCCUUUGGAAGGGUUGGACUUGAGUCCGUUCCUGAAUAAAGAUUGCCCUAGUCAAGUAACUACUUAUCGAUUACUUGGAGCUAUCUGCCAUAUUGGAUCAUUCCUUGGUGGUCACUAUACUGCCUAUAUCCGCCGUGAUGACGAGUGGUACUUGUGCGAUGAUUCCCGAGUUGUACUUGUAUCACCUGAAACUGUUGCUGAUUGUGAAGCGUACGUUUUGUUCUACCAGAAAUAUGAUCUUCCUGACCAUGUCCGAGAGCUGAAGCAAGAAGUUUUGGAAUCAUGGGAGGCUGCAGACACUAAUGACUUAAAAGAAAUGAAGUUUCACUUAUUGUCAAGAAAAUGGUUGGCUCGCUUCAUUUGGGGGGAAGAACCUGGACCGAUAGAUAACUCGGAUGUUGUUUGUCCUCAUGAAUUUAUCGCUCCGUAUGACUCUGUUCAUCUUGGAGCGACGUGGGUACCAGAACCAGUGUGGAAUAUUCUUAUAGAGAGAUUUGGUGGUGGACCUGACCUUGUCCACUCUGAGGAAUGUGUUAUAUGUUUAUCUGCAUGGAGAAAACAUAUAAAAUCUGCUAAUCCAGAAAGAGAGCGAAACCUGAGGCAAUUCGACGGUGUGUAACAAAGUGCAAACCCAACAUACUUAUUUAACUGAAUAGUUUUCUAACAGUCCAAUUCCGAAUACCCCAAUAUAAAAGCAAUAUAAUGAUGUAUUACCACUUACAAGCCAUUUGCCAUUAUUUUAAUGACCGAGACAUCAUGAUCUAUUUUUCUUGCACCAUGAAAGCUUUCGUUGAUAUUUGUGUGCUUAUCCGCUUGGUGCAUAGUUAAUUAUGACCAUCGUGAUGUAUUAACAGUCAUCCAAUAUCAUUAUCCUUAAUUGUUAAAUUCUUUUAGUCAGAGGAUUUAUUGUUUAUAUGUGCUACACAGAUUUUAUUAUUUUAUAUGAUACUUGAGAGCAUCGUCGGAAGAUUUGUUGUAAGCAUUUCUUAAUACAGUAACCUCACAACUUGCAGUUAGUAAUAUUGCCAUCUGUACUCUACAACUAUUCAAGAUGAAAUAAUAAUUCUGACUGAACUCUUUACUUGCA